GAGAGUUGACUGACAGAUAGGCUCGAACACCUGUUAACGAUUCCUGAUUAAAGGUCUGUUCACACCUCGGAGAGGGUUCGCAAACGGUGAAAAUUAGACAAAAAAAAAGAAGUUUUGUGUCCUGAUUUCUCGUGAACAAUUAAUACUGUGUUCAUCAUCUGCAGUGAAUGGUGGUCUCAAUCACAUAUCUUUAACUCUACGGGUCUCAUCUAAAACUCCAGUGACUUUGUAGUGACCAUAUUGUGACUAGUUCGUCAGAAAGAUAGAUUAAAAAGGACCCGGUGACUUUAUAGUGGCGUAUCUGUGACCAGUUUGGCUUUGCACCAGGACAAGACAGACCAAAGAAUUAUCUUUUGCCAAAGUGUUGGGUGUGGGCGAAAAAGUGUCUAGUACGGUGACUGGCAUGACCGUGCAAGACGAAGCCAGGGCCAUGCCGCAAACUGCAGCCACCAGAUCUCGGUUCAUGAUCACGGACAUCCUCAGUGGACCAGCCGAUGGCGCCGCCAUCAUCAGGGGCAGAUCCCCCAGUCCGGGACCCAGAGAUCUCUCUCUGCACUCGAAUCCCGUUCAUGACAGUGACACAGACAGUUCCGGUCAUCCUGACACCUCCAGCAUCUGCUCAAGCGGUCAAAACGGUGACGAUUCGCUUCCCUCGAAAAACGGUGCAAUAAGCAAAAAACAAAGGAAAGCGCGGACGGCGUUCACGGAUCUCCAGCUACAGACCCUAGAGAAAAGCUUCGAGAGACAGAAAUAUCUCAGUGUACAGGAUAGGAUGGAACUGGCGGCUAAACUAAGUUUAACGGACACCCAAGUGAAAACGUGGUACCAAAAUAGAAGGACGAAAUGGAAACGCCAAACAGCCGUCGGCCUGGAACUCCUAGCCGAAGCUGGUAACUACGCGGCCUUCCAAAGGCUGUAUGGAGCCCCAGCUUACGGUUGCUGGUACCCCCCACAGACGGCUGGACCUACGGCAGCGCCAAGCGCGGCGGACAUCUACUACAGGCAGGCAGCAGCAGCCGCAGCUGCCACCUUACAGAAACCUUUACCCUACCGACUAUAUCCACCAGGUAUGGGCCUUGGGAUCCCAGGUCCCAGCGCACAUUUAGGCUCCCUGGCAGCUAGCAGUUCCCUGAGCACGUUGUCUAGUUAUUAUUCUAGCCAAACCCCACCUGACGGACCUUCGCCGAGGUCGCCCAGUCCCGACACCCCUCUAGAUCCCGGUUCACCAGGUACGGGAGGCAGAAGGUCGCCUUCCGAAGACGAAGACACGAUUCACGUCUGAGGAGGGCGCGGCGGCGGUUUCGAUAUUGUGAUAUAACUUGUACUAUAGCUGGACUUGUUAAUUUAUUUUGCGCUUUUAAGUGUUGUGUAGACUCGUAAGAGAUGUAUAGAUGAGUACGGACGAUUUUUGUAAUUAGACAACUGUCGUAAAUGCGGGCUUUAUGUAAAUUUUAUCAACAUUCCACACGACGAUCCGCCCUAGGGGCAUGUAUUAUACUGUAAUGAGAGACGUAUGUUGUAUAUGGUUUUUAUUUCCUUCUGUUUAUUUUGCUCGAUGAGUAUGUUUAUUCAUGUUAAAUUAGAAAAUAUAGA